AGGUGGCUUUCCCCUGAGGUUAGCUAUGAGGCCCAAACCUGUUUGGAGAGACCAAUGACUCCACUAUCCUUCAACAGAUACUGAAUCAUGGGUAACGUGGAGAGCCAGAAUGGGGAGUCGCAGCAUGCCUACAACAACGGGACAAACGGGACGCCGCACGCCGGCCACAUCUCCCGCAAGCACAUGUCCCGCUCGCUGCGCCUCCACAACAACAAGAAGCACUCCUCCUCCUCCUCACGACAACACCAACACUCCUCCUCCCGCGCCAACACCUUGACCUCAACCAACAAGGAGCAUCGCAACUCCACUGAGGCGACCAGCUCAAGUACACGUUCCAGCAGCACGCCGAGCAUCCCGCAGUCACUGGCCGAGAACGGCCUGGAGCCCUUCAACGGCGUGGACGCCACGCUGGAAAAACUCACCGACCCCUUGGCAACCUCAUCUUCCUCCUCAAGGUGGGGAGAGCACGUGUCCCUGACCCUGCGGCCGGUGUCCUUCCAUGACCAGCUGGGGGACGCCACCCUCACCCCCAUGACCCCCGUGACACCCGCCUCCGAGGACAGCGCGGACGUGGACACGCUGGUGCAGGAGGACGAGGACGAAGACGAGGAAGAAGAGGACGAGGACAGCGGGCUCUAUACCCGGGAGGCCACCUAUCUGCAGAGAAUGAGUGACGGCCCCAGGGAGGGCGGCGGCGGUGGCAACGGCGGAAGCUUCAAGAAGAAGAGGAGCAAGUCGGCGGACAUGUGGCGUGAGGACAGCAUGGACACGCUGUCCGACCUGAGCCAGGAGCAUCUCACCAGCACGGAGGAGAUCAUUGACGCCCUGGAAAACGAGGACGUCAGGGACUUUGCAGGAGGGGGAAAACAGGGGCGGGAGGCAGGCGAGAGGGCCAACUCUCUGGACGAGCUAUGUGUACAGAGCACUCCGGUGCUGCGGGGACACAACCGCAACCGCUACAAGUACAGUAGGGACAGCCAUGGUCAACGGGACAUGGGGAUGGAGACCCCUGACCAGGCGCUGUCCCCAACGGAGGAGGACGGUGGGUACGGGGCGUACACCCUCCCAUGUCGACGCUCGCACUGUCUGUCUGAGGGGCUGCUCAGCCAAAAGGCUCCCAUCUCCAGAAUGCAGGGCAGGAGGGCACAGACCACACAUAACAUUGCGGCGCAGGACGGCAGCGAGUACGGCGACAGCGGCAUCGAUGGCGUGGCGGCAGAGGUGGACCUGCAGUCGCGGCGCUGCAAGACCAUGUCGGCCUCCUUCUCCGUGUACUCGGCCGCCAGCGGAUCCAUGUUCGCCGGCAGCGACAGCGGCAGCAGCAAUAGCGGAGGCGGUGGAGGGGGAGGAGGUGGAGGGGGCAGCAGCGGCAGCGGGCGUUCCCACGGCGCAGACACCAUCAUGGGGGGCGUGUACGAGAACUACCGGCAGCUGGAGCUGGAGGUGAGCUCACGGCACACGCGGGACUCGCUGGAGGAGGCCGGCUCGGGGGCGGGCAGCGACGGGCGCAGCAGCGGCACGCUCAGCUCCGUCUACCAAUCAGACGCGGCGCUGCUCAACGCCGCCCAGGGCACAGUCCGCAAGGCCGGCGCGCUCGCCGUCAAGAACUUCCUGGUGCACAAGAAGAACAAGAAGGUGGAGCCGGCCGCCCGGCGCAAGUGGAAGCGCUACUGGGUGUCUCUGAAAGGGUGCACGCUCUUCUUCUACGAGACAGACGGGCGCUCAGGUAUCGACCACAACAGCAUUCCAAAGCACGCCGUCUGGGUGGAGAACAGCAUCGUGCAGGCCGUCCCGGAGCACCCGAAGAAGGAUUUCGUUUUCUGCCUGAGUAACGCACUUGGAGACGCCUUUCUCUUCCAGACGUCGGGCCAGACAGAGCUGGAGAACUGGAUCACGGCGAUCCACUCGGCUUGCGCGGCGGCGGUCGCCCGGCAACACCACCGCGAGGACACGGUGAGGCUGCUGCGCGGCGAGAUCAAGAAGCUGGAGCAGAAGAUAGACAUGGACGAGAAGAUGAAGAAGAUGGGGGACAUGCAGCUGUCAGCCGUCUCGGACAACAAGAAGAGGAAGACCAUUCUGGAACAGAUCUUUCUGUGGGAGCAGAACCUGGAGCGUUUCCAUGUGGACCUGUUCCGGUUCCGCUGCUACCUGGCGAGCCUGCAGGGGGGCGAGCUGCCCAACCCCAAGCGGCUGCUGGCCUUCGCCUCCCGCCCCACCAAGCACGCCAUGGGCCGCCUCGCCAUCUUCUCCGUCUCCUCCUUCCACGCACUGGUGGCUGCCCGUACUGAGGGAGGGGUCCGUCGGAGGAGCCAGGCCCUGUCGCGGUCGUCCAGUAAGCGGAAGAGCCGGUUCUCCUCCCUGUGGGGGCUGGACACCAACUCCAAGAAGAAGCCCAAAGGCAGACCCACCAUCAACCAGCCCAAAGGCACACCUGCCACUCACCAGGUGUUUGUGGAGGGGGUCACUCCAGUGCGGAGGAACCUGGGCCGCAUGUUUGAGGACACCGUCAAGGAGAGCUUGAAGGAGCAGGAGGGUGUGGAGAAGAGCCCUCUCCCGGCAGACAGUGAGGUCUGGUUGCCUGGAUACCUCACCCCAUCCUGGGUCUCCCUGCCCAAUGAGAAGCCUGUGCUGGCCAUCAUAGAGCCUGGCCAGACCGCCCUCUACACCCUGGAGUCUGUUUGUAAGACACACAAGUUGGAGCCCUCCAUGCACUACAUACGGCUGAAGUUUAUGGUCGACGGACAAGCGCAAUUUUACAUCCCAAAGCCAGAGGAGGACGUGUGCGAGAUGCUAUUCAAGGAAAUCGAAAUUUGCCCCAAAGUGAAAAAGGUCAUUCAGUUUGACAGGGCGGAGUCCUGUGUCGUUGGCUAUGGUUUCUCUGUGGUGGUUGUGGAUGAGGACCGUGUUCAGCAGCUUCACGUGACAGAUGUGAAGGCAGGAGGCCUUGCCGCCGCCAAAGGUCUCCAGCCGGGCGACGAGAUCCUGCAGCUGAACGGCAAGGCGGCGGCGGCUCUGGAGGUGGCGGACAUGCAGGCUGCGUUCGGUCUGCCCUCCCUGGCCCUCGCCGUCAGCACGCUGCCGCCCCCCGGGGACCCGCACAGCCACCUGUGCAGCCGACCCCCGCGCCGCGCCCCGCCAGAACACAACCAACACCGUGGCGGCGACCGCGAUCACGACCGCACCCUCUGCACUGACAUCUUCUCCCAGGACCAAGAGGAGAUCCUGGAUGUGGCGUCGGGUCUGGUGCCGCAGAGCCCGGAUGACGGCCUGGGAGACGUUUCCAUAGUGACCAGCGACAGCCCCGGGAACAGCCUGGAGGACGAGCUGGACACUGCUGACACAUCCACCAAGAGUACGGAGCAGGUAGCUGCGUUCUGCCGCAGCCUCCAUGACAUGAACCCCGCUGAGCACCCUGCCUCGUCUUCCUCCUCCUCCUCUUCCUCCUGCGCCCCCAGCCCCGUCUCGCCCGUGCCCACCACCCCUGCCGCCCUGCGCCAGCCUGACGCCGUCAAGCUGCGCCACGUCAUCUGCGAGCUGGUGGAGACCGAACGUACCUACGUCAAGGAUUUAAAGUUGCUGAUUGAGAAAUACCUUACACCACUUCAGAAGGAAAGCUUUCUCACUCAGGAUGAGUUGGACGUCCUGUUUGGGAACGUGAUGGAGAUGCUGGAGUUCCAGGUGGAGUUCCUGAAGACCCUUGAGGACGGGACGCGGCUGGUGCCAGAUCUGGAGAAGCUGGAGAAAGUGGACCACUUCAAGAAAGUCCUGUUCUCCUUGGGUGGAUCGUUCCUGUACUAUGCCGACCGCUUUAAGAUCUACAGUGCAUUUUGUGCCAGCCACACCAAAGUCCCCAAGGUCAUUGCCAAAGCCAAGACGGACCCUGACUUCAAGGCCUUCCUGGACGAGCGUAACCCCCGGCAACAGCACUCCUUCACGCUGGAGUCAUACCUGAUCAAGCCCAUCCAGAGGGUGCUCAAGUACCCCCUGCUGCUGAGAGAGCUCCACUCCCUCACAGACCCCGACAGCGAGGAGCACUACCACCUCGAUGUUGCCAUGAAGGCCAUGAACAAGGUUGCCAGCCACAUCAAUGAGAUGCAGAAGAUCCACGAGGAGUACGGUGCUGUGUUCGACCAGCUGAUCAACGAGCAAAGUGGUGAAAAGAAAGAGGUUGCCGAUCUGUCAAUGGGUGACCUGCUACUCCACGCUCCUGUCUCCUGGAUCAACCCGCCGCCUUCUCUCCUGAAGGGGAAGAAGGAGCCUGAGCUGGCAGCCUUUGUGUUCAGGACGGCUCUGGUGUUUGUGUACAAAGACAGCUCCAAGCACAAGAGGAAAAUAGGGACUUCGCACAGGGCGUCCACCAUUGACGACAGAGACCCCAUCCGCUUCAGACACAUGGUCCCCACUGAUGACCUGCAGCUCAGGAACGUCGCCAAUUCUGAUGGCACAUCCAUGUGUGAGAUUGUCCACGUUCGGUCAGAGUCGGAGGGCCGACCAGAGAGGACGUUUCACCUGUGCUGCAGCUCUCCCGACAGCAAGAAGGACUUCAUGAAGACUCUGCACUCCAUCCUGCGGGACAAGCAGCGGCGUCAGCUGAUGAAGACGGAGAGCCUGCCCCCCAGCCAGCAGUACAUCCCCUUCGGAGGCAAACGCCUCUGUGCCCUCAAGGGAGCCCGGCCCACCAUGAACCGAGCAGUUUCUGCACCGACGCGGACGCUCGGGCGUAGGAAGAUCGUGCGCAGCCGCUUCACAAUCGACCGAGACGUCACCUUCGACGACCAACCAAACCAAAGCACCGCCUCCGCCGCCACCGGCGACUGCGACUCGGACUUAGCCACGCCCAUUCCGGAGUCCGUGUCACAGCCAGAACUCUCCUCAGCAAGGUCCCACUCCCACCACAAUGGCGACUCGACGCUGCCACCCCCCAAGGACACCGAUCGCUGGGUGGAGCAGCAGUUUGACCUGGGCACCUACAACAACAGCCAAGUCAAGGAGACGGACAUCCUCAGCGACGACGACGAGUACUGCGAGUCUGUGCGCGGACCCAGCGCGGAGCCUACCUGUACCUCCUUGGAGUGUCCAGUGGAGGCGCUCUCCCUGGGGCCGGAGGGGGGGGACAACGGGGGCACAAUGGGGUCCAGGGAGGGGAUGCCCGAGAGGUCGCAGGGGCCGCUGAAGCUCACCACGCUCAGGAAGCAGUGCGCCGUGGAGGGCGCCACGGAACGCGACCGCGAGGUCAUAUGGGUGCGCCGCGACGACUUUGGCAGCCCCAACGGAGACGUCUUCUGAGAAAAGGAAAUGAGCUUGGAAGUGUGUAUGUGUGCGUGCGUGUGUGGGUGGGAGAGUCGGUGCGCGUAUGUGUAUGCGUGUGUGUUUGCGUGUCAUUGGCUACCCUCACAGAGACAUUUUCUUGAGGAAAGAAAAUGAGCUGUGUUUGUGUGCGUGUGUUUGUGUGUGUGUGUGUGUUGUUGCGCAUGUGUGCGUACGCUUUUGCGUAUGUGUGUGUGUUUGUGUGUCGUCAGUUUUGACUACCCCAACAGAGACAUUUUCUAAGGAAAGAAAUGAGCGGUGUGAGUGCGUGUGUGUGUGAUGGAUGUUUGCACAAUGUGAUGAACUGGGCAGGGUGCGAGAUCCCAAAGAGAGUGAGGCAAAUGAGAGAACAGAAUGGGAAACUGUGACUUUUCUAUUGUUACUGUAUAGUAGAUCCUAUAGAGACUGUGAGCCAAGGCUCUCAAAGCAUCGCCAUGCACUGGGCGUUAAGGAGGACCCCCACUCACCUGUCUCCUUUUGCCUGAGUAUAUACCACCAUCCACCCAUCCAUCCUACCCAUGUCAUAUUUUAACAGCUCCAUGACGAGGAAAUCCAUCUGCAAAAACAGAACCAGCUCAUUUUCUUGCGUGCUCCCCUCGAGGGUAACACACGCAUGCUGCUAUAUCCAACACAUUGGAACAAUACUGUUUCUCAUGAUGCCAUGCCACAUAAGAAUCCGUUGUUUCAGUAACCAUUUGUGUGUGUUUUUUAUAUAUAUAAAAUGUUUUGAAACGGUUAUUCGUGGACUUAAAUGUUGAUGCAAUAAUGCAUGUUUUUUGAUCCACUUAUCUGGCAGCUACUCUUCUUCUCGAAGAUAGUUGAAGCCAAAAUAACAUGUUUUUUUUGUACAGAUGUGGGUCGUCUAUGUAAUGUUUCAUUAAUUAAAUUACAAAUUCAUACAUGUCAUUCAAAAUGUUCUAAAUACAAAAAAGGGCUCUGAGAAUUCUGUCCCUUAAUUUCCUGGUUCUUGCUCUUGCUUGCUUUACCAGCCUUUAGACUAGUCAAUGGUUCUCAACCUUUAUUGAACAAACGCCCCCUUGACAUCAUCAUAAGCCUCCCAACGCCCCCUUGACCUCAUCAUAAGCCCACCAACGCCCCCUUGACCUCAUCAUAAGCCCACCAACGCCUCCCCUUAGUAUUAAAAAAUAAAAUGUGCUAAUGCACCACAGUGACAACUAAGCACCGCCCCAUCUCAAUUGUAUCCUUCUCAACGCCCCCCUAGGGCUCCCCAACGUCCCCUGUGGGGCUGUAGCGCCCCCGUUGAGAAAACAUUAGACUACGUAGGUGGAGACUCUUAACCCAAACCCUGGAGAUUUGCCCAACUGCUGAAGGAGAAUGUAAAAAAGUGCUAAUCAAAAGCACUUCUUCAGUCACAUCUUUAGUUUUCGUUUGUUUCAGAUGUAAAAAAGUUGUGUCCUUAUCCUGACACGUGACUUGUCUGAAACAAAAGAAAAUGAAUGAAUUAAUCUGAACACAUAAUGAGCAUAAUACAUCUACUGUCUUGUCACACUGGCUACGUUUACAUGAGACAUUUACUUCGGAAUUAAUUAACACAUUUUAAUUCUGAAUAAAGCUUAAUUCCACUUUGAAAUCGUCAUGUUAACACUUGACAAUUCGCAAUUAAAUGAAAGAUCAAAGUAAACUCGACGGAACAAUUUAAUUCUGAAUUAUUCAUUCGGAAUUAAAAACGUCAUGUAAACGUAGCCAAUGGCUAAGUGUUAAAAUAGCUUAAGAGUUAAAUCAUGUAGAUAAACUGGGCCCCUCAGACAAGAGCAGUUAUUGCAGCCACAGAUAUCUGUGAUCUUAGUGACUGGGUAGUCCAAAAUGGUUGGUGUACCUCUUCGCAUCCCCGGCCUUUUCUUAUAUAAAAAAAACUGUAAAACUCAUGCCAAAAAUUGAUGGAUCUAGUAAAGGUUGAUGAAAAUGAUCACAUUUGUGAAUGGGCAGUGUAGAUUAUGAUCAUAAACAUUUUUUUAAAUGAGACAGUGGCCCUUCAAAGUGGUAGCACUGUAAGUGUGUUUCACUGCGGGCUCUAGCUUCUCCCUCAGUGGUACGGCAUUCAGACCCCCCUGUCCCUGGGCUGCAUGGCCCUACAAUACUUUGUCCCUCUUGUUGUGACACCUUUGUCUUGAGAGCGCAAAAUAAUUGCGUCUGCCUCGUGCCAUUCCAGCAUUCCACUCAAAGUAUGUUAUUCCAUCGAGCUUGUACAGUUACUGUACAAUUUAAUUUCCUUCAUCUCUCGACUGUGUUUGGAUUUCCUUGUGCAUCUUUUAUUUGUUGUGUGUUUAUGUGUUUACAUCAUAUCCUGCAGUCCAGUAUUAUCCAGAUGUUCUUGCUGUGUAGAUGAGGAAGUCUAAAAAUCAUUACUGAUCCUGUUUUACUUGAAGUGAACUUUAAGCCUGUUACAAAGCCACGUGAACUGUAAAGAUGGAAUGUUCCCCAAAGAAUCUUCAGUUUGUCACUUUGGGGUAACCUCUAAAAGUGCUCUGUUGAGUAAACCUUAGGUGACCAGUUAGUUCUUGGAAGAAUCCCAAGGUUUUAUUGAAGGUUCCCUGGAGAACCCAACAAUCCAAAGGUCCUCUGGGAAACCUUUAAGUCUGCUACUGUGGAAGAACCUCAAUAUGUUCUCAAAGGAACCUUGGGGUUCUUCCCAGAACUUUUAGGUUCUUCUUAGAAUGUUUCUGAUUCCUCUGACUCCGAGACCCUUUGUUGUUGGUUCCCCCAGAGUACAAAACUACCCUAGUAACACAGAACGGAAAGGGAAUGUUCUUUGAGGAACUAUCUCAUUUUUUACAGUGUGAAUUAUACUCAGAAUACAGUACAACAUUUUGGUGUCCACAAGCCAUGAGCCUGGGCCUCUUGUCUUUUGACUUUCUGCCUGAAAAGAUUUUAUUCAGCCCCUAGUCGCUUGAAACACUCAAUGAUGUGACACAAACUAGUGCACCUUUUGGAUGUAUCAAACCUGCACUUAAAAACUGUUUUCCUGCCCAGCACAGUCUUUUAUACUUCGACUGGCACCGAAAUGAGGAUAUAAAUGUAAUUUGAUACCCUUAUAUUUGGUAUGUGUUUAAAUCCUUUUGUUGUGAUUUUUUGUAUAAUGAGUUGUGGAUUUGUCCAAAGAUGUUUGUCUUAAUGAUACUGAAAAGCAUAGAGUGUAUAUUUUCCAGUUAAUCCUCAAUUUGUGAUAACCAAGCAUACGAUCGUAGAUAAAGAAAACAUGUAGGGAAGUGUGACAUGCUCGUUAGGUUGUGUAAAAAUCCCCCCUUAACUUUUUACCUUUUUCCAUUGCAUUUUUGAAAUAUAUUCUUGCAUACACUGUGGAUACUUGUAAAUAUUACACUUUCCUCAAUAAAUGUUAUUAAAUUA